CAAGACAGUACGUACAAGGCUUGUGGCUUCCAGUUCCUCAAAGCCAUGACAUGAUUCCAUUUUCGACUGGCGGUAGUGGGAUUAUACACGUAUGGGUGUGUGUGGACCACAAUGGGAACAUCAGGGAUCGUGUCGUCGUCAAGAACAGUUUUCCUGGCUUGCCAGAAUUCCAGGACAGGGUGAAUUGGACAAAUGGAGUGGUUGGAGGGGAACCCAUAGAAAGUUCUGUGGCAAACAGGAUUCACGCACGGUUGGAGGCCAAUAACGCUGGAGAUGGAAAACAUGUCGCCGAGUGUCUCGGAUGGAGCGACAUCUUGGGCAAUCCUGCCGCUGUCCCCAUCUUGGGCAAUCCUCCCGCUGCCACCAUCUUGCCGCAGUUCAAGCUAUACUACGAGUACAUGCUGGGAGAUCUAUGGUAUACGAUUCGGGAACAGGAAGCAGGGACGAAAUUGGUUAAGCGUCCUAGCCUUGUAAACAGAACUCGUGUGGAGCUACCAGCUAAGCCCUUCCCCGAAGGAUUUCUGUGGAUGCUGUUUGAAGCACUCGCAAAAGUUGCAGUGGCUAUGGACGAUGAACAGAUUCUUCACGGUGACCUCCACACUAACAACGUGUUCCUUGGUCACCCCAAUCCGAAUUUUGACUACGCCAUAUGGCCAAUUCCGAAGGUCAGUGACUUCGGUAGUUCUCGCGACCUUACCGUUGCAGCAGUAAGGAAUCGAUUACAUCAGGGAAGUUGGCAGCGCAACGCUACCGCACCUGAGAUGGACAGAGGUGCCGGUGGUUUUGUCGUCAACCAAUCUACGAUUAACAAUGCCGCCCCAGUGCCUCCUACCAACACACCCGCGCGUUUUUCUCGCAAGACGAACAUCUAUCAACUUGGGUUGAUAAUGCUCAGUGCACUCCGCGCCGAGUGUACUCUAGAAGAGACUGAAUGGCGCAAUGCCGCUGGGUCGACCCUUCCCGUCAACCAGCAGCUCGGAUUCGCGGCUCCGCGUACGCCCAACCCACUGAGGAUGAGACUCCAAGGUCCAGAAAUGGCGAAUUAUAGUCCCCAUCUUUUCAGAUUGGUGGGGCUAUGUCUCGAACUUCACCCUGUCAACAGACCUACACCCGCUGCAUUGCUUGCAGAAGUUCAACUACGCAUGGCUGGCAGAGAUGGAGGCAUGCGACUGGCGAAAGGAAGAUUCCCUCAUAACCAUAGUCAGGGGAUCAGGAGAAGUGUGGCGGAUAAGUACAAGAUUGGAAAGAAACCUUUCAAGCCGGAGAAAGUUCCAUAG